AGUGUCCCACAUUUUUAAUGCGCUGUAUAUAUUUACAUUCUAAAAAGUUUCCUUCAUCAAUUAUCUGUAUAGUACAUCUUACAUAAAUGCUAUUCUAGUGGAAAAUUAAAAAAACUUAAAACAAAAAUGUUAAACUUUUGAAUAUCAUAAAAGAAAUAAUGUAAAUAGUUCAGAUAUAUGAAGUCAAUAUCGUAAAAACAGAAUUAUCAGUGUCCUCGAUUUUCCAGAAAUAUUAGAGUUCAUUUUGGAUGUUACAGAAAUCAUGUUGUUGUAUAAAAUAUUUUUAGUAUAUUUAAUAUCAAUACAUAACUGUUGGUCUAUGAAUAUUCUGCUAAAUGCUGUAUAUUGGGAGAAAAAACCCUUUAUAUUUAAAACAUCUGAUGGAAGAAUUGACGGUAUCAUACCAAAAAUGUUUCAAGAAGGAGAAAACUAUUGUGGUAAUGAAACGUUUAAAUUGAUAUUAUAUCAAAAAUAUUUUCCUUCAAGAAAAAAAUUUCAAGCACUUUUUCAAUCUGAAAUACAAUAUGGCGAAUAUGAUUUAUUAGAAGUUGCUAAAGAGAAAGCGAUAUGGUUUCCUGAUGAUUCCUUUAACACAUCGCAUUAUCAGUUACAACGUAGGGGUUUACGCUCCUUUCAAUUAAUGAAAUCCGAAGGUCUUGCCAUUAUUGUACCUCGUUACAUGAUAUCACUGCCUACUAAAAUGCUACGUGGCAUUUAUUCCUGUCGCCAGAUAUUAGUUUUAACAAUGAUGUUAGCGUUAAUUUUUGGUAUGAUUAUUUGGUUUAUUGAACGCACUUACAACAGUGAGUUUUCAAAAUACUUUGUGAAGGGUUCAGCAACAGGACUUUGGUGGAGUGUUGUUUCAAUGACUACGGUAGGAUAUGGAGACAUUGUACCUCGAUCUAUUUUCGGAAAAAUAAUAGCCUGCAUUUGGUUGUUCAUAGGAGUAGUUAUUGCUUGCCUUAUGACCGCAACAGUUACACAAGUUAUCAACGGGCUGGAUGGUCUAGAUAUAGUUGAUCAGAAAGUUUCUGCGCUUGAAAACUCUUACGAGCUUAAAGCUGCUGAAGAAAUGUACAAUGCUCAUGUACUACCUGCAGAGUCAUAUUUCGAAGUUUUAGAAUUGGUAAGAAAUGGAACAGUUUUUGCUGCCAUCAUAAACGUUGACAGCGCUGCUUGGAUUCAAAAGGAGAUAAAUGAUGAUAAUCAAGAUGUUCCGUUGCGCAUCAUUAAAAUAGUUCCAGCACAUUUACAAAUCAAUUGCCUUAUCUCUACGAAUUUGUCAAAACAAGCUAAAGAUGCAUUUAACUGCAUGUAUGAUCAAAAGGAUGAAGUAUACAGCCAAUCAAUUGAUCAUUUUCGAAGAAUAUGCCAUACGCAGACUUUGUAUGUGGAUUCAAUAACCGAAAUGUUUAGAAAAAGUACUUUAUAUCGACUUCUAAUCGGAAUUUUGUUUUUAUUAGUAUGUCUGGGAUUAGGAUUUGAAUUUCAGAUGCGAAGAAACAACAACGAAAAUGUUAGAAAAAAUUUUAAACAACUCCGUGCUGAAAGUUUAUUUUAGUGCUUGUAAAUAACUUUAUGCUGAGAACUUAUUUUAGCGUUUUUAAACAAAUCAAUGCUGAAAAAUUGUUUAGAUUCAUAUUUGUAAACAUCACUCUAAAAUAAAUGGGAACAAAAACUUUAAUGUUUUAUAAUUUUAAGACACACCCAAGUGUUCAGAAUACGUCUAAUUAUAUAAAAUCUUCGAUAAAACUUUCUUACAAUUAAACCUAAAAAAAUACAAUUAAAAUUUUUUUUUAAUUCAAUAUUAGAUUACCUCUAUGCAGAUUCUGUUAACGAACUAGCAGAACAGAACCACAUAGAAGACUUACUUGAUAUUAAUAUUUUUUUUU